AUGGCUUCCCAAAGACCCAGAAAAUUAGAAAGAAUGUCAGCUCAACAACUCCAAGACUUCUUAAAAAGAACUUCUGUUAGUGUGCCUUCACAGUCUGUUAGUAUGCCUUUACAGUCUGGUACUUUGCUAGUUGCUGCACAACUGAGCAG